ACACGACCUUGGCAUGGAAUGGGGCAAGUGGACAAUGAACACGACGUCGUUUUCUUACGGAAUUGGUUGCAGUCAAAUUGAACGAACCCUCUCUGUCUCGUGUUGCCACUCUCACUCUUCUCUUCCCUUUCUGCUUCGCCAAUUCUCCAUCUUUGCGCGUAAUCGAUUUAAUGCUUUGGGUAAGUCAUUGAUGAUGCCUUCUGAUUGGUUAUUAACAUAUUGUGAUUCAUAAUGUGGAACUUCGCCUCAAAUUGCAUUGCUGGAACCGUCGGGCUGAAAAGUGAUUCUUCAAAGCUAACUAAUUCUGCUUCAGAAUGUUCUGAUGAUGAGACUUCUAUUAUAGGCAGAGAGGAAGGGCUGGAAUGCCCAAUAUGCUGGGAAUCUUUCAAUAUUGUUGAAAAUGUGCCCUAUGUUUUAUGGUGUGGCCACACCCUUUGUAAAAAUUGCAUUCUUGGACUGCAAUGGGCUGUUGUGAAAUUUCCAACUCUGCCUGUUCAACUUCCGCUUUUUAUCUCCUGCCCAUGGUGCAACCUACUAUCUUUCCGCCUAGUUUAUCGGGGAAAUCUUAAAUUCCCUCGCAAGAACUACUUUCUUCUUUGGAUGGUUGAGAGCAUGAAUGGUGAUAGACUGAAAUCACAUUCUCCUUUCUGUGGGGAUAGUCACUUACCAGUCAAAGACAAUUUAGCUGCGGGAAGUCUAGUAAGCCCUGGCAACCUUCGGAGGGGACAAGUUCGCCAUCCAGAGACUUCGAGUUCCAGCCAGUAUCAUGGUAAUACUGGUAAUCAACUCAGUAUGGAAAGGUUGCAUAUCUAUAUGAAGAAGUCACUGGUCUUCUUUGUCCAGUUGACAGCUAAGUUCCCAUUGGUGAUUAUAUUUCUUUUGAUUGUCUUAUAUGCAAUACCAGCCAGUGCAGCCAUUUUGGCUCUUUAUGUACUUGUUACAAUUCUGUUUGCCCUCCCAUCAUUUCUCAUCUUGUACUUCUCAUAUCCUAGUUUGGAUUGGCUUGUCAGGGAAAUCAUCAGUUGAGAUCGGGAACUAGUAUAGGCUACAACUUUGCAAGCAUUAAGACUACAAGUUUGCUGUUCACAUAAUGGCCCCAAUGUAUCUUUGUAAUUAGCGGAAUUCCCCUUUACAAGCUGUCAUUUAUCUUACCAUAUAGACUCCCUCUCAAUAUCUGUAUACUUGACUCUUACUUUAGCUCUGGUAGAGCUUGGCUAGCUGUGAUGUCAGUUUUGGGCAUUAAUAGUGAUGUCAGCCAGGACUGGAAUAGGCUAAUAAUAAUGCUUGCUCCUUUUCCUGGUGGCAAAUAUUUGUUGGAUCAAUGUCAAGUUUUUGCUUUGUAUGGAUGAACACAUUGAUGUUACUUUCAAUACAGCUUAUAUUUUUGUGUUUGUAAAUUGUAUAUAAUAUGAGUUGUUUGUCU